AUGGCCAGUCGCCUGGGGUACAAUGACAUCACGGGUCCCAUCCCCACGUACCUGGGCGACUUCACCAACCUCUCCGUCAUCUCGCUGCCCGGAAAUCAAUUCUCGGGCUCCAUCCCGUCGCAGCUGGGCCAGCUCUCCUCCACGCUGCUGGGCCUCACGCUGGAUAAGAACCCACUCUCUGGCAGCAUUCCCGACGAGCUCUUCAACUGCAACUUGCUCCGCAACCUGACUUUGAACCAGACGGGGCUGACGGGCCCCAUUCCUCCGUCCAUCAGCGCCCUUACUGACAUUUCCAUGCUAGACCUGGGCGGCAACACCUUCACCGGCUCCAUUCCCUCCCAGCUGGGCAGCCUAAAAAAGCUGCGCCUGCUGGACCUCCACGGGAACAAUUUCACGGGCAGCCUACCGGACACGAUCGGGCAGCUGACGAACCUCACCCUGCUGGACGUGAGCUUUCUGUCGGGCAUGAACGGCAGCGUGCCGACGACCCUGUCCGCCCUCUCCCUGCUGAAAAGAUUGGACCUGACCAACAGCAGCUUCUCGGGUCCUCUGCCCGGGGGCCUCAUUGCAUCGCUGCCAGAGGGGGCGCUCUUCAACCUUUCCAACAACUUCUUCUCAGGGCCCAUCCCCGACGCCCUCAUGGCUCGUAUCCGCGCCAACAGGUCACUGGCAUCAACGGUGUAUGGCAACUGCCUGUCGUCCAGCCCGUCGUCCCCCGUGUACCCCAUGGACUGCGCCACCGUCGCUGACAACAUCUGCUUCCUGCAGUACCAGCGCCCCGCCUACCAGUGCCUGCCAUACGAUGCAGCUCAGAGCGCGUUCUCUUCAUCCUCCCUCAGCGUCGCUCUCACCAUCACGGUGCUCGUGCUGCUCGCCGUGGCCGUGGCAGCGGGCGCCGCAUACGCAGGGUUGAAGCGCAUGCAGCAGGGCAGACCCAAGGCAUUGGUGCCAGCGACCAAGGUGGUCGUCAAGGCAAAGGAAUACAAGGACGUGGAGACUGGGGAGCUCAAAGCGCCCCCACCAGACACCUACUUGCCAGGCAUGCCGCCAGACAUACCGCGCUUCUCGUUCACGCAGCUGAACCACGCCACGGACUGCUUCACACACCUGGCCAACACCAACGACCCGCGCGCCAUCUACGACGCCACCUUCCUCCUCCCCCCCACCGCCACCACCGCCACUGCUCCUGCACCUUCUGCUGCUGUUACCUCACCCGCAGCACCCGCCAGUGCGGCGGUGGCAGCGCCCAAGGUGGUGGGGGGGGGCGGGCAGGAGCAUCUGUCGGUGCAGCUGGUGAGCUUCCCCGGGGUGUACCUGGACGCCAUGAAGGAGGAGUUUGUGGCGCGGGUCAAGCGCAUCCAUGCUGCCCGCCACCCCUGCCUCUUUGCCUUCCGCGGCUACGCCUACGAGGACGGCAACUUUGCGCUUGUCUUCGAGCCCACAAGGGAGACCCUCUUCGACCGCCUCCACGAGGCCAGUGGAGCCCCACUGUCAUGGAGGGAGCGAAUGGUGAUCGCCCUGGGAGUGGCAGAGGCCCUCGAAUACCUCCACACUGCCGCCUCCACCCUCACCCACACCCCUCCCAAGGGCCCCUCCACCCCUCCCCACGCCGCCUCCGCCUCCCCCAACUCCACCACACCCCUCAACGACCCGCACACGCCUGUGCUCUCUGCCCACGAGGGCAGCACGAGCAUGAGCGUGGGCGCGGGCACUCCCCUGGGGUCCACACGGGGAGGAGGCGAGCAGGCGUGGCGAGGCGGCAUGGUGCAUGGCGAUGUGAAGUCGUGCAACGUGGUGAUAACCGCUCACAGCAAGGGCAAACUCGCAGAAUUCCAGGUCCCCUGCGACGACGCCGAUGACCCCCUCCGCUCCAUCUCCCCCCGGGGCUCCUUUGGGUACCUAGACCCUCAGUAUGCGGACACGAAGCGGCUCACUGCAGCGAGCGACGUGUACUCGUUUGGAAUUCUGCUGUUUGAGCUGGUGUCCGGGCGGAGGGCAAUGCUGGAUGACUCGAGCACGCUGAUUGUGUGGGUGCAGCAGUUCUUCAUGCGCCGGGAUGACUAUGCCGGCCUGCUGGACGGCGCUCUUGUCACCAUGGGCGGCGUGCCGCCCAGCCAGCUCGUGCCCGUGAUUGAGCUUGCACAGGACUGCACUCAGGUGAGGGAGGAGAGCCGGCCAUCCAUCCAGCAGGUGCGGGAGGUGCUCAUGUCAGCAGUGGGCGUGGAGGGCGGGGAGGUGUACGAGAGCGGCAGUGUGGUGGGGUACGGAGAUGGGGAGAGCGACACCACCAUGAGCCAUCUAGACGAAGGGCUCGUGGCCAGGCGUGCAGCAGACCACGCUGCUUUGGAGUCCGCUGCUGCUGCUGUGCUCGCUGCUGUGGCUGCUGGCGGGGCUGCGAGGCAGACUCUAGAGGUGUAUGAUAGUCGGGUGCAUGGACAGGAGCAAGCCCGGCAGCAGGAAGGGGAGGGGGGGGCGGGGAGGUCGGGAGGGGAGAUUGAGAUAGAGAUGAUGAGUGAGGGGAGUGAGGAGGGGCAGGCGGUAUAA